AUGUCUUCCGCGAAGAACGUCGCAACACAGACCAUUCCAACUCACACGGUGGAACGUUCAUCGACCAUGUGUUUGACAUCGAACUGUCUCAAAGCGGCCUACAAGAUUACCGAGCAAACCCACUUUACGAUGUUGAAGGAAGACUUCUCGUCAAUAUAUCCUUUACUCUACGGCAAAUUGUUCGGUCUUAACGCGAGCAAAGAGAAUAUAGUUCUAAGACGCCUUUGUCGACCCGAGGUUUGGAGACAGUUUGGAUUUUCUCACAUGGAGCCAGAAGUUAAAUCGAAACAUCGACAAUUUAACAAGCGCUAUUGGAUCUAUGCUUCGGGUAAACAAUGCUCGCCACCAUCAUUCACCGAAGAUUCGAUCGUCCGGCAACCAUUCGGGACAUUAACACAGUUAACAUUCAUGCUGAAUUGGAUCACCAGUAACGAUGAUAUCCUUUUUUCUUUUCGAUUCGCGUGUAAACAGGAGAAAGCAUUGUCGUCAGAAAUCGCGGCAAUCGACAUGGUAUUCUGCAGCUUAAUGAAAAAUCUACUGAUUGAUAGGUAUCCGCUUGUAUUUUCCCCUGGUUAUUGCGAUAAACUUCAAUCCAUAUCACAAUAUAUUCCCGCCGUUUCCAAAUCUUUGACUCGAAUUAUUCACAAUAGCCCAAAUGAAAACUUUCAAUCAAGAAUGACCGAUCUCGUCCAAAAAACACAAAAUCGUACAAAAUUAUCGUUUCUACCACACAUUUGCGAUAAUUUAAACACCGAGCUGACUCAGGAACUCUCCACAAAUGUUCUCGCGAAUGGACUAUAUCUUAUCGCGAGGAACAUCAAAGUGCCUAGCCAUUCGUUCACAGAGUCUUCGCUAAGCGAUCAGGGGCUACCCGAUGAACACCUCGCAUCCAGGGAAGCAGCAGGGUCAGGGUUGAUUCAAAGUCAAUCAUGCACACACGAAAACGAGGGCUCACAAGUAGAAUGCGGCAUUGAUAUUGUUGACGAGGAUUAUGAACAGUGUUUCGGAGAAAUAAAUCCUGAUAUUGACGACGAGGAUCGUGGUUUGGAGGAUGCCGAAUUUGAAUCGCUAUUUAGUUCCGAUGACGAUUUUUGGCAAGAUGAAUAUUCACCCCACCUUAAUGGCACCGAGAGUCGAAUGACGUUGAGACCACCUGAAAUAAGCGUCAAUGAUACGGAUUACCAUAAAAAUUCGGAUUUCAGUGAUACGUGUGUCGUCCCAGACGAUGAUGAUGACGACUUGUUAGAUUUUGAUGCAUUUGAGGAUGAUGUUCACUUUUGUCCUAAUACGGCAGAUUCUUGGAAUUUGUUCGCGCCGGGGUGCCGUGAAGUGAACAAUAAUAAUGUCGCGGUGAACUCCCAUGUCCAGAAUUUAACAAAUGAACUAAAUAACACAGAAAUCGCAACACAACGUCAAGAGCUUCGUAUGUUGAACAAUUCAACAACUUUGACACUUUUGUGGAAAAAUGAUCCCGAAGACGAACUUUUUGAUGCCAUGUUUGAA